GUACUACUGAUAGCCAAUUGUAGUGCUGCUUUAACUGCCUCCAGGGUAAAGCAGAUUUGGCCCGUGCGUCCCCUCUCUCAACACGCAUCCAGCAGGACCUGGCGAUUGUCGUCGCGUAAAUCCAAGCGCGCUUUACACACAAAAUAUGAAUGCGCUCCAGGCAAGAUCAUUACCUUAACCCUAAUCGCAGCAUCCAUCCCUUCUUUGGAUUGAUACAGACGCGCCCUCAAAGCCGCGAUCGAUCAGCGGCCAGGCGCCUUUCCCCGUCAAUUCUAUUCGAACCUUCGGACGGAAACCCCCUCUCGCGCCACAAUGGGGAAACUCAUUCGACUUGAGCUUUUCAACUUCAAGUCCUACAAGGGCCACCAUACCCUCUUGUUUGGUGAUUCGUAUUUCACCUCCAUCAUUGGCCCAAAUGGCUCUGGUAAAUCCAAUUCUAUGGAUGCGAUAUCCUUCGUCCUCGGUAUCAAGUCUUCUCACCUCCGAUCUGCACACCUUCGGGAUCUCGUUUACCGCGGCCGAGUGAUGCAAACGUCCAAGAUUCAGGAUGACGGAACAGCAGCCCCAGCAACGAACGGCCAGGCGAACGGAUACGAGGAUGGGAACGAGGGAGAACCGUCGCAACGGGCUUCUAGGCACGACCCGAAGACUGCCUGGGUGAUGGCCGUCUAUGAGGACGACGCCGGCGACGAGCAGAAAUGGAAGCGCUCCAUUACGAACCAGGGGUCCAGCGAGUAUCGCAUCAACGACCGCAUUGUCACUGCACAACAGUAUAACCAAGCCCUCGAGGCCGAGAACAUUCUGAUCAAGGCGCGCAACUUCCUUGUUUUCCAGGGAGACGUUGAGGCCAUUGCGUCGCAAUCGCCACAGGAUCUUACGCGCCUGAUCGAGCAGAUCUCGGGAAGUCUCGAAUACAAGGCCGAGUACGAGAAGCUGCAAGCCGAGGCCGAACAAGCUGCAGAGAACCAGAAUUUUCAGCUGCACCGCCGUCGGGGGAUCAACUCGGAGAUCAAGCAAUACCAGGAGCAAAAGAAGGAGGCGGAGAACUAUCAGAAGAAGACCGAGGAUAGAGACGAAGCAGUGGUGACCUACUUCCUCUGGAAACUGUAUCACUUCCAACGGGUGAUGGAUGAUUCAAGCGCCAAAAUCCAGGAGCACCAGGAGAAUCUAAAGGAAUUCCGUCGCAACGUGGAAACCUUUGAGAAGAGGCUUGACGCCGCCAAGAAGGAGCAAGCUUCUGUCGGGAGAGAGGUCGGCAAGAUGGAACGGAGCAUCAAAACCAAGGCAAGGAGCAUCGAGGAGAGGGAGAACAGCCUCGUCCCCAUCGACGAGAAGAUUGCACAGAGCAACCAAGAUCUGGAGACUGUGAAGAAGCGGGUCAAGAUCGUAACUAAGGAGCGGGAUACGCAAUUCGCUGCCAUCCAGAAGGCGAAGAAAGAUCUGGCGACGGUGGAGAAGGCACACCAACAGUUCGACAAGCAAUGGGCAGAGACGCUCAAGCAGCAAGGGAAAGAGCUGAGCGAAGAUGAUCGCAAGCAGUACCUUGCCCUCCGAGCCGAGGCGAUGACAAAGUCGUCGGAGAAUCGCAGCAAGCUGGACAACCUCCUGCGCCAGCUAAAGAGCGACGAGGUCACCGUCAACGGCCUCAAAGGCAAAGUCGACAGCUUUGAGGCAGCGGUUGAGAAGCUCCAAGGCGAGCUGCAGGUUAUCAAGGAUCGGAAAGACGCCACGCAGGAAACAGUACGCCAGAUCAGCAACGACCUGGAUAACAAGAAGAAGGAGUUCAACAAAGUUCAAUCCGAGCGGAUACGCGUAAACAACCUACAGACGGAACUCGAUGAGAAGCUCCAGGAGGUGCUGAAGAAGCUUGCAGAGGCUGACGACGGUCGACGGCAAAACGACAGGGAGACGCGCACGAGGGAGAUGGUGAGAACGCUCAAGAACAUGUUCCCAGGGGUCCGGGGGCGCGUCGGCGAACUCUGCAAGCCGAAGCAGAAGAAGUUUGACGAGGCCGUCAUCACCGCGCUGGGCCACGACUUCGACUCCGUCAUCGUCGACACGGAGAAGAUUGGCAUUGAUUGCGUGCAGUACCUAAAGGACCAGCGUUUCCGUCCCAUGACUUUUAUCCCUCUAGACAACAUCAAGGUCAACGCGGUGAAUUCGGCGGUCAAGGGCAUCAACGGCGCUCGGCUGACGAUCGACACGAUCGACUUCGACAGUUCUCUCGAGCGUGCCAUGGCCUACGCGUGUGGGAGCUCUGUCGUCUGCGAUAACCUCGAGAUUGCUAAGAAUAUCUGCUACGUCAAGAAGAUCCAAGUGAAGGCCGUAACCAUAGAGGGUUACGUUAUUCACAAGGCUGGCCUGAUGACUGGCGGUCGGCUGCCGGAUCAGAAGGGAGGUAAGCGGCGAUUUGAAGAGCACGACGUGCAGAAUCUUCAGCGCAUGGCAGAAAAGUUUCGUGGCGAGAUCGAAAAGCUGCCCAAAGAUCGCCGCGGUGCCGCGGAGGAAGCUCUGUCGACCGACCUUGCUGGCCUAGAGCACCGCCUGAGGCUAGGGCGUGCGGAGCUCGAGGCCUUCGAGAAGAACCUGAAGAGCAAGCAGAAAGAGCUCGAGAGCGAAAAGCGGCAAUUACGCGAGUGGGAGCCCAAAUUCGAGGAGAAGAGUCGCGAUCUGGAAAGCACGAGGUCGACCGUUGCCAAGUUUGAGAAAGCCAUCGCGCAGGUCGAGGAUAAGAUCUUCUCCGCGUUCUGCAAGAGACUGGCUUACGAGAACAUCCGCGCGUACGAAGCACAGCAGGGCAGUCUCGAGCAGGAAGCCGCUCAGAAGCGCCAGGACUUUGAGCUGCAGAAGCAGCGCCUCCAGGCCUCGCUCUCCCUGGAGACCUCUCAGUACGACGAUACCAUGAACAGAGUGCAUCGCUUAGAGGCGCGCAUCAACAGCCUCAAGAAGGAUAUGGAAUCGUACAGUGCAGAGAAGGCCGAGAUCGAAGAGUCCAUGGGACAUGACCAAGACGAGCUAGACGCCCUGCAACAAAGCCUAGAAGAAGUCAAGGUUACCCACAGCCAGAAGUCACAGAAGGUGAACGAGGCAAAACAGGAGCUCCAGAAGAGAAGCAAGGACAUCGACGAAAGACUGAAGCGGAUAAGCGUGCUCGAGGCCGAGGUACAAAAGAACAGCACAAGCAAGUUUGCACUCCUCCGGAAAUGCAAGCUUGAACAGAUCCAGGUCCCGCUCCAGGCAGGGUCUAUGGAUGACAUCCCGAACGAGGACGUUCUUCUGCGCCAGGACGAGGAUGCGAUGGAUCUGGAUGAGGAAAACGAGGAGGAGAUAUUGGAAGCCGCAAUGGACGACUACGGCAUCGAAAUCGACUUUGACGGCCUGGACGCUGAUCUCAGAAAUCCCGACGAGACGGAUCUGGAUGAGAAACUCCAGGAGAAGAUCUCAACUCUGACAGCCGAGCUCGAGACUCUCAACCCGAACAUGCGAGCGAUGGAGCGCCUCGAGUCGGUCAAGUCGAGACUGGAGUCGACAGAGCAGGAUUUCGAGGACUCGCGUGCCAUAGCCAAGGCCGCCAAGGACUCGUUCGCGCAGAUCAAGAACAAGCGCUUCGAGCUGUUCAACAAGGCCUUCACGCACAUCCAGGAGCAGAUCACGCACGUCUACAAGGACCUGACACGGUCGGACGCGUACCCGCUCGGCGGGCAGGCAUACCUCGACAUCGAGGAGGACACGGACACGCCGUACCUCUCGGGCAUCAAGUACCACGCGAUGCCGCCGCUCAAGCGCUUCCGGGACAUGGAGCACCUGUCGGGCGGCGAGAAGACGAUGGCGGCCCUGGCGCUGCUCUUCGCCAUCCACAGCUACUCGCCGAGCCCCUUCUUCGUGCUGGACGAGGUCGACGCCGCGCUCGACAACGCCAACGUCGACAAGAUCAAGAAGUACAUCCGCGAGCACGCCGGGCCGGGGAUGCAGUUCAUCGUCAUCAGCCUCAAGACGGGCCUGUUCCAGGACAGCGAGAGCCUGGUCGGCGUAUACCGGGACCAGGACCUGAACAGCUCGAGGGCACUAACACUGGAUCUUCGGAAGUAUGUCUAAUUCGCCAGGGGUUCUCGUUGUUGUCGUUGUUGUUGUUGAUAUUAAAGAGGGGA